CUCUUCUUCCCCCAUAGAAGUUGAAGAAGCUCCAUAAAAUAUAAUCAUAAUUAUACCAUGAAGUCUCCCUCCCAAAAACCUCUUUCUUCUUCCUCAAACAUUAUUUUCUACAUCACCAUGCUCAUCAUUUUCCAUAACACUGCAGGCAGGACUACAAGAAUGCCUGAGAAUGAAACAGUUCCUGCUCUUAUUGUCUUUGGAGAUUCAAUAGUGGAUCCGGGCAAUAACAACAACAUUAACACUCUGAUCAAGUGCAAUUUCCCACCAUAUGGGAGGGAUUUCAUAGGAGGACAGCCAACUGGAAGGUUCAGCAAUGGAAGGGUCCCCUCAGACUUCCUAGCUGAAUUGUUUGGUGUAAAGAAGAUUUUGCCGGCUUAUCUUGACCCGAACCUGAAGCUUCCAGACCUCCUUACUGGUGUAAGUUUUGCCUCUGGGGGUGCAGGAUAUGAUCCUCUCACUGCUAAAAUAGUGUCUGUCCUUUCACUAUCGGAUCAAAUAAAAAUGUUCAAAGAUUACAUGAAGAAGAUAAAGACAGCAAUAGGAGAAGACAGAGCAGCGACUAUGUUGUCAAAAAGUAUAUUCAUAGUUUGCACAGGGAGCGACGACAUUGCAAAUACUUACUUUUCCACACCAUUCAGGAGAGCACAUUAUGAUAUCCAGGGAUAUACUGAUCUAAUGGUUAGAUCAGCGACAAGCUUCUUCCGGGAAAUUUAUGGACUGGGAGCAAGAAGGAUUGGAGUACUAAGCUUACCAUCAAUAGGGUGUGUGCCAUCACAGAGAACACUGGGUGGAGGCAUACAGAGAGGGUGUUCUGAGUCUGCCAACCAAGCAGCCAUUCUCUUCAAUUCAAAGCUCUCCUUCCAAAUGGCUUCCCUCAAUAAAAGGCUUCCAGACGCCAGGCUUGUCUUCCUUGAUAUCUAUAAACCCUUGCUUGACAUUAUCCAAAACCCUGCUCAAUAUGGAUUUGAAGUGGCGAACAAAGGGUGCUGUGGAACAGGGAAUAUAGAGGUCAGCAUUCUAUGUAACCCCUUGACACAUAAUACAUGUACCGAUGCCUCUAAAUAUAUAUUUUGGGACAGUUACCACCCCUCAGAGCAGGCUUAUAAGAUUCUCGCCCCUGUGAUCUUGGAGAAGCACAUGAAAGAAUUCUUCUGAGGGGCCAUGACUAGUUCUCUUUUGGUUAUGUAAUAACUUUACAUUGUAUGUGCUUCAUCUCUUUCCUAAAAUAAUUCCAACAUUUUGAGAGAUGUUAUAAAUCUAUGGUAUUAUGUAACAAAAAAUAUUAGUUGAAUUAAUAAACCGAUUAUGCGCCAAGCCGAGCAUGUUCAUGAGCGGCUCUGUUCAUUUAUGC